AUGAGUAAUACUCAUCACCAUAAUAUUGAAAUUCAGUCACAAGACGUUAUAAAAUUAAUUUUACAAUUUUUAAAAGAAAACUCUUUAGGAAAUUCACUAAAUACAUUACAAGAAGAAACAGGUAUAAAUUUAAAUAUAGUAGAUAAUAAAGAAACUUUUCUAAAUGAUGUAAAGAAUGGAAAUUGGGACAGUGUAUUAGAUGUUUUAUCAACCUUAAAACUUUCAGUAGAUCUAACUAUGAAUAUAUAUGAACAGAUAAUUGUUGAACUUUUACAUUUAAAGGAAUAUGAAAUAGUAAAACAUUUAUUAAGAAAAACAGAACCAAUGAAUUAUAUGAAAUUAAAUCAUCAAGAAAGAUAUUUAAAAUUAGAAAACUAUUUACAAAGAGAAUAUAUAGAUUUAAAUGAUUUUUAUAAAUAUGGUAUUACAACAGAGAAAAAAAGAAAGCAAUUAAUUGAUCAGUUAAAUAGUGAAAUUACAACAGUACCAUCUUCAAGACUAUUAUCAUUAUUAUCACAAUCAUUACAUUGGCAAAAACAUACAGGUGUUAUACCGACAGAUUGCACAGAGUUUGAUUUAUUUAAAGGAGAAUUACCACACAAAAAGAUUGAGGUCGAAGAAGAGGCCACACCAAAUAUUUUAGACAAAACAAUCAAAUUUAACACCAAAAACAAGCCAGAAUCAGUCCAAUUUUCACCAGAUUCUAAAUACCUUGUUACUGGUAGUAUAGAUGGCUUCAUUGAAGUUUGGGACUAUAACACAGGUAAACUUUCAAAGAAUCUAGCAUAUCAAGCAAAUGACGAUUUUAUGAUGCACGACGAUACAAUUCUUUCAAUUACAUUUUCAAAAGAUGGUGAAUAUAUGGCUACUGGCUCUUUAGAUAGUAAUAUUAAAGUUUGGCAAAUUAAAACUGGCAAGUGUCUAAGAAAAUUUGAACCUGCCCACACAAACGGUGUUACUUGCUUACAAUUUUCAAAAAACUCUACCCAAAUUUUAAGUGGCUCAUUCGACUCAUCAUUAAAAAUUCAUGGAUUAAAAUCAGGUAAAGCAUUAAAAAUAUUUAGGGGACAUCAAUCUUUUGUCAAUGAUUGUAGCUAUAAUUCAGAUGAAGAUAGAAUUAUUUCAUGCUCAAGUGAUGGAAAAAUUAAAAUUUGGGAUGCAAAAACAUCAGAUUGUCUUCAAACCAUUACACCAACCCAAGUUGUUACUGUUAAAGAUAUAGCAAUUCGUUCAUUUUUUAUUUUAUUAAAGAACCCAGAAUUUUUAUUGGUAUGUAACUCAUCCUCAGUAAUUUCAAUUGUUUCAAUGAAAACCCAAACCAUCAGCAAAACAUUUUCAAGUGAAAAUAAUAAAACAUUUUUAUGUUGUACCUUAUCACCACAACAAAACUAUCUUUAUGCUGUUGCCGAGGAUAACGAGUUAUACUGUUUCGAUUUAAAUAAUAGUACUUUGGUAAACAAAAUGAAGAUACACGAACAAGAAGUAAUAGCAAUCGCCCAUCAUCCAACUAAAAAUAUUCUAGCAACAAUUUCAGCUGAUUGCCUUUUAAAAACUUGGAUAAAUAACACAAAUAAAAAUUAA